AAAUCACGAACUAAUUUAAUUAAAAACAGUAGGAAUUCAAACUCACAUUAAAAGAAAAGUACAGAUAUAUUUCGGGGAAAAUUGACACUGACGUGCCCGGGGAAUUGGUGGGGGCCCUAGACGCGCAUUGGUUAAUAUUGGAGCCUGAUUUGGCAGCGCUGCCCUGUAGGCCCUCUAAAUGAGUUUGAACUGUAUCAAACCGCAGAUAGUUCACAGGAAAUUUAAUAGAGAAACCCCAAAAAAAUUGCAAAACAUACCACAUUGUUGAAAUUGCUUCACUGGAAUGUGCUUCAGAAAUAAACUAAGAGAAAUAUUAAGAAUUUAUUAUUCUCGGGCUGCCGUUUGACGUUAGUGGAUUUUGCAGAUAAUUCUAGUUUAAUCCAAACAUUCACUUCCUAACCGAAAUGCAGUCGCACUCCCAUGUGAACGAACAAUCCAACAUACUCGACAAGCUGAACCUAAUCGUGCAAGCGCUCGAAGAGGCGCUGAAAAUGUUCAUCAAACUCACCGAGAAGUUCGAACAUUUUCUUGCAGUGAUUGGGGCUCUGUCAAUGAAAGUUAAAACCGCAAGUGGAGCAUUCGAUGAGGAACCGGAAUGCGCGGCUCCAAAUGUCGUAAAGGAUGGAAUCGAGAGUCCAACAGUGGGCGGCCUGCACGAAAUCGCCGGCUUAAGGGGCAUCAAGAAUCUUCUACACACUUUGGUGAUUUUGCCUCGCACGCAACCACAACUGUUUGAAAACCGCUCAAAAACCAACUGCAUUCUAUUGUAUGGGCCACCUGGCACAGGUAAAACACGGCUGGCAAAUGCCUUGGCUGCAGAAUCAGGAGCUACGUUUCAUUCCAUGUCUGCUGGGAAUUUCAUGUCGCCGAAUGUUGGAGAAACCGAACGGAAUCUCAGGCAGAUCUUUCAGUAUUUGCGAGCAAAUGACCGCUUCGCUAUACUUUUCAUUGAUGAAAUUGACGGGAUUGGCCGCAGGCGAACCACUGGAGAACAUGACUACUCAAGACGCAUUAAAACCGAAUUAAUGGCGCAAAUGACGACAGUGGACCGCUGCCCAAAUGUGUUGAUUAUCGCAGCGACAAAUUGCCCGUGGGAUUUGGACCCAGCCAUCCUCAGACGCUUCAACAAGCAAAUUUACGUCCCGUUGCCCAACAGCGAGGAAAGGCUCGAGCUAUUCCAGCUGCUCACCAGGAACACGGAAAUAAUUCAAACACCUCAACAACUGCAAGAGCUGAUCCAGUUAUGCGACGGGUUUUCCGGUUCGGACAUUUCGACUCUGGUGCAUGCUGCUCUGGAGAUUCCGCUGACCGAACUGCAACUCACCACUUUAUGGAGUAAAACUGUUGAUGGUUUCUAUGAACCAUUCAAGGGGUUUCGUGAAGCCGAAACCAAUGCUCACGAAUUCGAUACGAAUGUAGAAGAUGUUUGUGUCAAUCAAUUGCACAGUUUGCCCGCUUUCUCGGUCAGGGCACGGCCCGUUUCGGUGGCCGACUUUAUAGACGCAGCCGAACAGGUUCAUAAAACAGUAACCUACGAAGAAUUGGCCAAGUAUGAAGCGUUUAAACAGCCCAAAUAAGUGGCUUGUGUUUAUGUUUGAAAACAUACUUAAGAAUUAAGAAAGCAAAUAAAUGAAAAGUCUUUCGAUA